AUGAUGGGGCGCCGCCUCCACCUAUGCCGCGCUUCGUAUUCAUCCCUCCUCGCGGCAACGAAGGCCUUAAAACGGAUGCCGGCGUGCUUGCCUGCGCGCGUCGCUACGUCCGCCAAGUCUGCCCUAGUAUCUAUGCAAUUGUGGCCAAAGAGCUCGGCAUCGGUGGUGAGCAGAGUUGUCGCCGCCAAGGCGACCGGUGCCACUGCAGACCGCGCAACAACGGCGGUGAGGCACAAGCUGUGCUUCAGCGCUGUGGGACACUCGAUGGGCGGCCUCAUCCUGCGCGCCGCGCUGCCCGAGCUGAUACAGACUGUCGAGGAAAAAUACGAGGCAUUCAAGGAGGUGUGCGAGGUGCACUGGGACGUCUUCUGCACCUUGGCGACGCCUCACCUCGGCGUGGGGUAUAUGCAGUCUAAAAGGACAACAUUCCUGGGCCGGCACGUCGGGUGCCACCUGUGGAGGGCAAUGGCGGGCCUGCUCUGCAGGAGCAGCGUUGUGAGAGUGGACCUGGUCUCGGACGCCUGUCUGGCGGCCUGGUCUCGGUUUAAGCGGCGUGUGCUGGUGAACGUUGUCAACGAUGACGCCGUGCUGACCUACAGCAGCAGCUUCGUGGUGACCUUGCGCGUUUUGAGGCGUGUCGGCGCGCCGCUUCCUUCAACGGAUGAGGAGAUAGCAGAUGUGUGCUCUACAGCAAAAGGAGAAGAACCACCAUCUGCGCUCUGGCAGCUGUGUUCUUCAACUCGCCUGCCUUGGCGUCAAGUGUGCGUGGGUCGAGAAAGGAGCUGUGCGACAACGGUGCGAUUUCCACAAAUCUAUCUCCCGAGCUGUGGCCGCUCGACGUGCUCGUGGAGGAAAGCGUGCUGGCGGAGCGCAUCUUGA